AUCUGUGUGCGCUAUGUUUAACUAGCCGGUAAAGGUUAUAGCAGGAAUAACAAGACUAGAAACACAUUGAUUCCUUCUAGUUAGAUGCCGAAAUGUCGAAGCAUCUUUUGGUCGCAGCCAUCGACUUCGGGACUACUUAUUCAAGUUGGGCGUUCUCGUUUAGGUAUGACUAUGAUAGCGACCCAACGAAAGUCUCCGCAAAACAGUGGCAAGGACACGAGUCUUCAAAAGGCCCUACUUGUGUCCUGAUCAAGCCUGACGGAAAAACGUUACAUUCUUUUGCGUUUGAUGCCGAAGCAAAAUACGCAGAACUUAUUGAAGAAAACGAACAUAAAGACUGGUAUUUCUUUAAAAGGUUUAAAAUGAUGUUAUGGAAACAGAAACUCAAUAGAAAUUCGAUGUUAGAAGCUGAAAAUGGUCAAAAGUUAUUGGCAAGAACCGUAUUUGCGUUGUCAAUAAAAUAUCUGAAGGAAGACCUAUUGGCUGUUUCUAAUGAUCGAAUAGCGGGCGCCGUUUUGCCGACAGAAAUACACUGGGUUUUGACAGUUCCUGCCAUUUGGAAUAAUUCAGCAAAACAGUUCAUGCGGGAAGCUGCAGAAGAGGCGGGGAUAGAAUCGCACAUGCUGACGAUUGCACUUGAGCCGGAAGCUGCCUCUCUUUUUUGUCGUCAUCUUUCUGUCGAAAAGAGUGGGGAUCAAUUGUCCUUGGCAUCUCUGCAAGCCGGAAAACAAUAUCUUGUACUCGAUGCUGGAGGAGGAACCAUCGACAUAACAGUGCACGAAGUUACGGCAUCUGGUGGCGUCAAAGAGCUGUACAAGGCGAGUGGUGGAGCUUGGGGUGGGACAAAAGUCGAUGAUUCCUUUGAAGAAUUCAUAGCUUGUUUGACAGAUAAAAGUGUAGUCCAAAAGUUCAAAAAAGACCACUUGGAUGAUUAUAUAGAACUUCUCGGACGGUUUGAGGUAAAGAAGAGGGACGUUGAUCCCGACAAGGAUACAAAAGUCGUCAUGAGAAUUCCACUUGCUUUUUUUACAACUGUUAAAAACAGACUACACAAAGACUUUAAAAAAGCGGUCAAAAAGUCAUCUUAUUCAAAUUCGGUGUCCUUGUCUGGGGAUAAACUAAAUAUCGAUCCAACUGUGGCUCGAAGCUUUUUUAAAGAAUCCAUCGAUAGUACUAUAGAACAUUUGAAAGAUGUUUUGCAAAAACGAGAAAACAAAGGCGUGAAAGCCAUUUUGAUGGUUGGCGGGUUUUCCGAGUCGAAAAUGCUCAAAAAGGCUGUCCAACAAACAUUCCCUGGAUUAAAGAUGAUUAUCCCUGAUGAAGCUGGUCUGGCAGUUCUUAAGGGAGCCGUGAUGUUUGGACAUGAGCCCAGUAAAAUUGUCGAGAGAAUAAGCAAAUAUACGUAUGGCGUUUGUGUUGAUAGUUUAUUUCAAGAGAAAGUUCAUCCUGAGUCAGCAAAGAUCACUGACACUGACGGUAAAUAUAGAUGUCAAAAUUUCUUUCAUAAGCAUGUAAUAGCGGGACAGUCGCUGAAGGACGGAGAGGCCCAAACCGUUGGAAUAUACUCCAUACCUCAAAACCAGGAAGCGGUGAUUACGGUAUUUGCAACUGAAAGUAAAACUCCAGUUCUUGUUACUGAUCCAGGAUGCAGACUGGUUGGUCAAUGCAGCAUUCCAAUGUCCAGUGCCGAAGCUGACCGCGAGGUUGUAGUACGAAUGAUAUUUGGUGGCACGGAAAUAGACGUCGAAUGCACCAAGAAAGCGACUGGCAAAGUUUCGCAUUUUAAUAUUGACUUUUUAUCGUCACAAACAGGCAGUGGUGCAAAGUUUAUAGAUGUCGAAAUGCACCUUUUGGUAGCAGCCAUCGACUUCGGGACAACAUAUUCAAGCUGGGCGUUCUCGUUCAGCCAUGACUAUGAUAACGACCCGACGAAAGUAUCCGCAAAACAGUGGAAUGGUCACGAAUCUCUAAAAGGCCCUACUUCUGUAUUGAUCAAGCCCGAUGGGAAAACAUUGCAUUCGUUCGCGUUUGAUGCUGAAGCCAAAUACGCCGAACUUAUUGAAGAAGACAAACAUAAAGACUGGUACUUCUUUAAAAGGUUUAAAAUGAUGUUAUGGAAACAGAAACUCAAUAGAAAUUUGAUGUUAGAAGCUGAAAAUGGUCAAAAGUUAUUGGCAAGAACCGUAUUCGCGUUGUCCAUAAAAUAUCUGAAGGAAGACCUAUUGGCUGUUUCUAAUGAUCGAAUAGCGGACGCUGUUUUACCGACAGAAAUACACUGGGUUUUGACAGUCCCUGCCAUCUGGAACAAUGCAGCAAAACAGUUCAUGCGGGAAGCUGCGGAAGAGGCGGGAAUAGAAUCACAUAUGCUGACCAUUGCACUUGAGCCGGAAGCUGCCUCUCUUUUUUGUCGUCAUCUUUCGGUUGAAAAGAGUGGGGAUCAAUUGUCAUUGGCAUCUCUGCAAGCUGGAAGCCAAUAUCUUGUACUCGAUGCUGGAGGAGGAACUGUGGACAUAACGGUGCACGAAGUUACGCCAUCUGGUGGAGUCAAAGAGCUGUACAAGACGAGUGGUGGAGCUUGGGGUGGGACAAAAGUCAAUGAUUCCUUUGAAGAAUUCAUAGCUUGUUUGACAGAUAAAAGUGUAGUCCAAAAGUUCAAAAAAGACCACAUGGAUGAUUAUAUAGAACUUCUUGGACGGUUUGAGGUAAAGAAGAGAGACGUCGAUCCCGACAAGGAUACAAAAUUCGUCAUGAGAGUUCCACUUACUUUUUUUACAACUGUUAAAAAACGACUCCACAAAGACUUUAAAAAAGCGGUCAAAAAGUCAUCUUAUUCAAAUUCGGUGUCCUUGUCUUCGGAUAAACUAAAUAUCGAUCCAACUGUUGCUCGAAGCUUUUUUAAAGAAUCCAUCGAUAGCACUAUAGAACAUUUGAAAGAUGUUUUGCAAAAACGAGAAAACACAGGCGUGAAAGCCAUUUUGAUGGUUGGUGGGUUUUCCGAGUCGAAAAUGCUCAAAAAGGCUGUCAAACAAACAUUCCCAACAUUAAAAAUGAUUAUUCCUGAUGAAGCUGGUCUGGCAGUUCUUAAGGGAGCCGUGAUGUUUGGACAUGAGCCCAGUCAAAUAGCCGAGAGAAUAAGCAAAUAUACGUAUGGUGUUUGUGUUCAUACUUUAUUUGAUGAGAAAGUUCACCCUGAGUCAGCAAAGAUCACUGACACUGACGGUAAAGAUAGAUGUCAGAACUUCUUUCAUAAGCAUGUAAUAGCGGGACAGUCGCUGAAGGUCGGAGAGGCCCAAGCUGUUGAAAUAUACUCCAUACCUCAAAACCAUGAAGCGGUGAUCACGGUAUUCGCAACUGAAAGUAAAACUCCAGUUCUUGUAACUGAUCCAGGAUGCAGACAGGUUGGACAAUGCAGCAUUCCUAUGGCCAAUACUGAAGCUGACCGCGAGGUUUUAGUACGAAUGAUAUUUGGUGGCACGGAAAUAGACGUCGAAUGCACCAAGAAAGCGACUGGCAAAGUUUCGCAUUUUAAUAUUGACUUUUUGUCGUGUAUGUGAAUGACGACGAGCUUGUUAUAUAAUUAGGUCAGUGUACAUAUUACAUAAACAUGCAUUUUAUAGUAUAUCAUUUGUUCCGUAAAUGUACACUGCAACAGACAAGCAAAUAUCUCUCAUUUUAUAAUAGAACUGUGUGUAAGUUUAGUUGUGCUUGAAAGAAAAUAUUAUAAAAAACAGGCUCUGCCACGAGUCAUCUAAUACACAAUUUAAUUCAACGAGUUCAGGAAAUAUGUAAGUAAGUAAACCUUUGGCGUUAGUUACAUAUACCUUGACGAUUUGAAUACAAAUAUGUAUUAUUUGAUGACGAGUGUCAGAUCCUUAUAUUACAUGCUAUUCCCAGUAAAAAUAAUCGUUUAACCUUCUCUAGUUAUGAGCCGAAUACUACAAAACCAUUUCUCGCGCUACAUGCAUUACAGAAAUGUUGUCCCAAGAAUAUUUUGGAACCACUGAUACAUCCGAUCGUUUUAAUUAUGUUUAAAAGAAGAAUGCACAUUUAGAUAUCAUGUAGUAAAAACAUCAAAAUAUUAUCCUUUUAACGAAAUUUGCUGUAUUUAAAAUAAUGACGUCAUAUCCUGUAUAAUAUCAUUAUAAUUAGCUCUAUUCUUGCGACAUCAUUUUCUGUUUAAGCAUAUUAAUAAGCGAACGUAUUUGUGCUUUGAAAAAAUCAAGACGAAAUACCGCACUUUACUCUUACCAUGUAGAUGGACAAUGGUAUUGUAUUUAAAUCAAUCUUAAUCAUGAAUACAAAAUAAGAAAUAACCAGUUUUUCUUGUCAACUAACUUUCGUACAAACAUGCGGACUGAUCUAUAUCUGAAUUUAGAAAUAAAGCAAUACAGAAAAAGAUUGCUAUAUUAAAGCUGCACUCUCACAGAUUGAACGUUUUGUCAACUUGUUUAUUUUUUGUCUUGGAACGAGCCAAUUUUUGCGAAAAUCCAUGGAAACCAGUGUUAUAAGACUGCUGACAAAAAUUAUAUUGCAGAAUUUCAUAUUUAAGUUAAAAAAUUCAUGUUUUAUGCAUUUUUCUUAAACCGUUAGUAACGGUUUAAGCCAUAAAACAUUAUUUUUCGAGUGGAAAACUGCGAUUCUGUGCUCAGAUCUUUUGUCAACAGUCUUUUAUCAUUGGUUUACAGUGUUAUACUGCUGACAAAAAUUAGAUUGCAGAAUUUCAUAUUUAAGUUCAAAAAUCCAUGUUUUAUGCAUUUUUCUUAAACAUUUAGUAACGGUUUAAGCCAUAAAACAUUAUUUUUCGAGUGGAAAUAUGCAAUUCUGUGCUCAGAUCUUUUGUCAACAGUCUUUUAUCAUUGGUUUGCAGAUAUUUACGUAAACAUUUCCUCUUCCCAAGACAAAAGAUAAAAUAGUUGUAAAAACGGCAAAUCUGUGAGAGUGCAGCUUUUAUCCGGAAACAAGGUAAAACAGGCAAAGCAAUAAGUAUUGAAAGGACUCCAGGCAAUCAACGAAGCAUAAGUUCAAGUACUUGCAAUAUAUAUAGUUAUCUCCUUGUAGAAAUAUUUGAUUUCAAAUGUAAAAUCUGAUGUCUUUGAACUGAACGUAUGGCAGCUGAGUUUGACAGUAAACCUUUGAACAAAAAUGAUUAUUAAGAUUGUUUGUAAUUAUAUGAACAAAGCACGAUGAAUACGUAUAUAAUACACAUACGAAUAGUUUAGAUCAAUAUUAUUCCAAUGCUCUUCACCUUUUGAACCUUUUUUUGUUUUUCUUUAGCAUAUCUAUUUGACAGUGAAGCAUUUUUUAAAGCUUCCGUGUUGUUGUUCCGUUCUUAAUACCUUAUAGUAGUAAAAUCAACUAUUAAAACGAUUGUAUUUGGGUUGUUUUGUGAUCAGCAUUGACCUACGGCUUAGCGAGCAGGCGGCACUAAUGUGAUGUAUUCUCCCGAUUCCCAGCAAUUCC